AUGAGCAAAAUUCCCAGAAAAGUCGUCGCCCUACAGAGCAAGAAGAAAAACAAACAAAUUAAGAAAAAUGCCCCGAAAGACAAAUCUAUUGGAAACAAAUGUAAUGGUGCCGUAGAAGACCGACUUCAACCACAGGACGACUCCACGCCUAAAAAUGAACAGGAGCCAACAUAUUGUGAGUACUCACGAGAUGAGGAAGUUUUAGAGGAGGAAGAAAUUCUCGGCAGUGAUGACGAUGAGCAAGAAGACCCUCGGGAUUACUGUAUAGGUGGAUAUCAUCCAGUUAAGAUCGGGCAGGUAUACAAUUCACGUUACCACGUCGUCCGUAAGCUUGGUUGGGGUCACUUUUCCACUGUGUGGUUAUGCUGGGAUUUAUGUUCAAAGCGUUUCGUUGCAAUGAAAGUAGUCAAGAGUGCUCCGCACUACACAGAAACAGCUCUUGAUGAAAUAAAGCUGCUAUCAUGCGUCCGCGAAUCUGCCCCAGAUGACCCGUUCCGGAAAAAAACAGUUCAGUUGCUAGAUGAUUUCAGAGUGUCUGGUGUAAAUGGGAACCAUGUUUGUAUGAUCUUUGAGGUUCUUGGCCAUAAUUUGUUGAAGCUAAUAAUCAGAUCUCAGUACCGAGGCAUUCCACUCGAAAAUGUUCGUUCUAUUAUUAAACAAACCCUUCAAGGACUUCAUUACUUGCACACAAAGUGUCACAUUAUUCAUACAGAUAUCAAACCGGAAAACAUUUUAGUUUGUAUUUCUGAUUCUCAAAUCCGUAGAAUGGCAGCGGAGGCCCUUGAUGCUCAAAGACGAGGUGUACAGUUGUCAGGUUCCGCAGUGAGCACUGCACCCAAAGAAAAACAAGAUAACACGAAGAUGACAAAAAGUCGCAAGCGCCGUCUAAAAAAGCAACAACGAAAACAACAAGCACUUUUAGAACAGGAACUUGAUGAAUUAGAGGAAUUGGAAUCACAGGAGCAUGAACGUCGUUUGUUGGAUAUGGGACUGAUUCCUGCUGACAAUGAACAGAACCAUGAAAAGCCAGAACAAGUAGAUGAAAAGCCUAAAAGGGACUCAGAAGUAUCCCCAGAACAGUCAUACUCGAAUGAGGCUAAUACUACUCCCCCAACAGCAGACUCAUACAAUGCCAGUCCAAGCAAAGAUUGUCAUCCUACUACAAAUAACACUGGGCCACCCGACGUCUCUACAAAGCCACCGUGUAAAAAUGACACAGAAGAGUCAAAAGAUCAUACUAAGCAUAAACAGAAUAAGGGUCCAACUGACUUGUCGGAAGAAAGUGAUCAAUUUAUACAAGAAGACAACGAAAGUGGAGUGGCUGUUCGUCGUCGAGUUAAAAAGCUUCCAGAUCAUUCUGGUGCUGCCGAUGAUAAGGCUGAUAUUCCACUGGCUCCUGUGACUGAACCACAGAAAACGUCAACUACUGGUGAUCGUAGGUCAGUAAUCAUUCAACCAGAUGGGCUUUUGGCAGCAGCUGCAGCAUCAGUGAUGUCUAGUACUUCUCAUUCUCCUCCGGAGUCCUCAGCAAAAGAUGAUCAAGGUCAGGUCAAAUCGAAUUUCACGAACUCGAGGUCAAACGGAACUGAAGGAAAUGAAAGGAAACUUAAUUCGCAGUCCAAAUCAAGUCUGACAGUAAACAGUACUGGUGAAGGUAGUUCCAAACGGUUAAGUUUGGUUACACCAUCUAAUAACAAUGCAGUUUCUGGUCAAAGUGCUUCAAACAAACGUCGAUCACUGCUUUUCGAAACUGUGAUACAUGAACCUGAUGCCAGUAAAGAGCCGUGUGAUAUUGAAGUGAAAAUCGCCGAUUUGGGUAAUGCAUGCUGGACUUACCGUCAUUUUACUGAGGAUAUUCAAACUAGACAGUAUCGAGCCUUGGAGGUUCUCAUUGGCUCCGAAUAUGGACCACCCGCUGAUAUUUGGAGUACGGCUUGUAUGGCUUUUGAAUUGGCUACCGGUGAUUAUCUUUUCGAACCUCAUUCUGGCGAAGAUUAUUCACGAGAUGAGGACCAUCUAGCACAUAUCAUUGAAUUAUUAGGCCCCAUACCUAGAAAUAUUGCUCUUUCAGGGAAAUACUCCCGUGAGUAUUUCGAUAAACGAGCUUGUUUACGUCAUAUACAUCGCUUGAAACCUUGGAAUUUAUUUAAUGUUCUCACUGAGAAAUAUGAUUGGCCACCAAGCGAAGCGGCUCUUUUCACCAGUUUUCUGGAACCAAUGCUCGCGUAUGAUCCUAAUAAAAGAGCGUCCGCGUGGGAUUGUUUACAACAUUCCUGGAUAACUGGUCAACCGUAUUCUCCAUCAGUUGAGGAAGGCCUACCAAAUCAUAUCCCAUUUGGAGUGAAUAUACCAGAUCCAUUGAUGGGUGACGUUUUAUCUAAUCCUAGUACAUAUUACCAUCCACAUGUCAAUCAACCAAAUAUUGUAGAUCCCGCAAACACUGCUGGCUUGUGUUACAGUCAACACCCACACUUAAAAAAGCAAUACCCGACAGUUCAUUGCGUUGCUCCACAAUCUAGAAACAGUCGUUCUGUCAAUUACAUACCACCUGAACUAUCUUUCAGUGGAAAUGUCAACCCAUCUGAAUAUCACUUAUCUUAUGGUUCCGAAAUGGUUGUGGGUGGGGAAAGUGUGCCGAAUCGUAGUAUGUGUGUACCAGAUUCUCACUUUCAACCGUGGUCCUCAAAACUCAUGGGCUCAAAACGACUAGAUGUUGUCAGCAAUGUGGACGGCACAAUAAAUUUAGAUCCUGUUCAUGUUGGAAAUUUCAUACACAGUCUACCAGAUCUCAGUCCUGCUCCUAGCGAUGACGAUUAUGACGAAGAAGAUGAUGACGACGACGAGGAUGAUGAUGAUGAGACCAAAGAAGGUGAAGAUGAGGAUGAAAGCGGAGAUGAUGAGGAUCCUCGGAUGCAUUCGUUACACCAUCAUCAUCGUCAGCAUCAUCAUCAUUCGCACUAUUAUGGACAUCCAUCUAAUACAUCAUCUGUUUAUCAAUUUUUGGAUCCCCCUCAUAUAAUGCCAGUAGAAUCUUCUGAUCAUUCUCAUUAUGCUGACCCUUUAGCUAUGGCAGUAGCUGCUGGACUACCACCUAGUAAAGCUGCUAUACUAGCUUAUGCAGCACAAGCUCUUGGACCAGAUACUGUUUGGGCUGGUUUAGCUGCAGCAAAAAAACGUCAACAACAACAGCAAGCGCAACCAAUGAAUAAUACAGAAGAGACAACUUCCGAUUCACUUACUAAUAAUGAUCAUGUAAUAUUAACUACCUCAACUAUAAAAACUGAUGAUGAUGGUACACCACGUAACACUGAUUCGUUGCAACAACAAAAGAAAGAAAUAGAUAAUGAAUUACAUAACAGUGGACUUGAUGUAGAAGAUGUAUCUAAUUAUUUCUCAACUUCACUUGAAGUACGUUCUGCUACAAGUUCUACAACCGAAGAUAUAUCUAAUACCCCCGACUAUGUGAAUAAUAUAUCAGAUAUAAGGAAUUUGGAUUCUGAAUUACAACGUACAGUGAGUGAAAAUAUCACUCAUCAAUAUACUGAACCGACAGAAACACUUACAGAAGCUUAGUUUUCAAAUUCCAAUUUAUCUGAUCUCUAUCUCCUGUUUUGUGAGAACCACCUAUAGGCUUUCAUUUUAUUACUCUUAUCUUAAAGCAUAUUCACUACUAUCUCAUAAAACAAAACAAUGACGUUUGUAAUUUGGAUGUUCUUGUUAGAAAAAGAUUUUCAUCUUAUUUAAUGAUGUC